UAAAUAUCAUUGUUGUUGAUUCAAUUUGAUCUGCUCUGAUCUGCUUUGCUCUUUAACUGUUAUACAUGAAUAAUUGAAAAUACAAGAAAUACCAUAAUGUCUGUCGAAACUAUUACUACCAUUUCCCCCAUCACCAACAAGCCUGUCUUGACCAGGAAUGGAAUCUCUGCGGAACAGUUACGGCAGUUACCCAUCACUGCCACCGAAGCAUUCUUGAAGUUUCGAAAGACUUCAUUGAAAGAACGACAAGACAUUGUAAAGAAGGCUCUCAAGCUCUUGAACGACAAGCAAGAUGAACUGGCGAAAGAGUUAACAGAGCAGAUGGGCCGUCCCAUUGCCUAUACUGCGAAAGAAGUUGCUACAGCUGUGAAGAGAGGAGAAUACCUUUUGAAGAUUAGUGAAGAUGCAUUGAAGGACACCGACGGCGAAGCAGAGAAAGGAUUCAAGAGAUUCAUUCGUAAGGUGCCUGUUGGACCGUGUCUCAUCCUUUUCGCAUGGAACGUAAGAAUUGUCUUCCGGGCGUUGGUUCUCUAGCUAACAUCACCAUUUUUAGUAUCCCUAUCUUAUUCUCGUGAACUCCCUGAUACCUGCUCUCCUUGCAGGUAACUCGGUCAUCCUAAAGCCAUCUCCGCAGACGCCCACCAUUGUUGAACAUAUUGCCACUAUAUUUUCCGAAGCCGGCCUCCCAGAUAAUGUUAUCCAGUACUUCCACUGCGGUUCCCCUCUCAUUAUCGAAUCUAUUGUUAGAGAUCCAAAAGUAUCUCUAGUGUGCUUCACCGGAUCUGUAGCUGGUGGUUUGGCUACAGCUAAGGCUGCAGCAGACAGAAUCGUGAAUGUUGGUCUUGAGCUUGGUGGCAAGGAUCCCGCAUACGUAAGAGGAGAUGUCGAUGUAGCCUGGGCGGCCGAGGAGAUCGUCGAUGGAGCUGUUUUUAACUCGGGCCAAAGUUGUUGCAGUUUAGAAAGAAUCUACGUCGAUGAGAAGAUCCAUGAUGAGUUCAUUGAGGCGUUGCAGAAUGUCUUGAAGAACUACAAAUUGGGUGAUCCUUUCAAUAAGGAGACGGUAAGUACCUCACACACACUUUUCGCUGGCUCAAUACUUACUACUUGCUUAUGCAGCACGUCGGCCCCGUCGUCUCAAAAAGGUCAAAGGAAACGAUCGAGGCUCACAUUAAGGAUGCAUUAGAUAAAGGUGCCAAGGAUCUCACUCCCGAUAACGAGACUUUCAAAGCCCCUCCAGAAGGCAACUACGUUAAGCCAACGUUGCUUGGUAAUGUUGAUCAUAGCAUGACUGUGAUGACUGAAGAGACUUUUGGUCCCGUCAUUCCGGUGAUGAAAGUGAAGAGUGAUGACGAAGCUAUAAAACUCAUGAACGACAGUGAAUUUGGCUUGACCGCCUCGAUAUGGACGAAAGACACGGCCAAAGCAGCCGAAUUAGCUGAAGAUGUAGAGGCUGGAACUGUCUUUGUGAACAGAUGCGAUUUUCCAAGCCCUGUAAGUCACUUUGCCCCUAGAUGUACAUGGACAUGAACAUGGCUCACAAGUAUUGAUAGGACCUUGCAUGGACUGGAUGGAAAAAUUCCGGAAGGGGCGUCACUCUAAGUAAAUUUGGCUUCGAACAAUUCGUCAAGCUGAAGAGCUACCACUUGAAGGAUUACCCUAAAUGAGGGUUUUGAGUAUUACUUCUACACUUGUGUGCUUGUGAUACUGAAGUCUCGAACGACUUUGAGCCUUUUCACACCAGAUAUCAGAGCCACAAAUCGAUAAGCUCAAGUCGAAAGCGAGCAUUUGAGUAGAAAUAAGCGACGGAAGGAUUUAUAUAGACGAAUGACGAAUAUACCUUGUCGUUUUCCGUGGUGCUGAAAGUUCUUUGAUGUUCAA